GGAUUUUUUCUCGCUUUUUGAAAUGGAAAAAGAAGGACAACGAGCCAGGUCAAUCUUUUCUCCUCCCAGCUUCCAGCAUUAUAACAGCGUGGUUGGCUUUAAUGGCUAAAGAGCAAGGUGUUACUGUGCUCACUGUCUCUUUGUGUUAUCAUUUACAGACAUUUUAUACCCGUCAGCGACAAAGGUCGAGAAAAGAGGUCACAAAAUGGCCGGGGCUGGACAGGUAUACUCUGACAAUUUUGCUUGUGUUAAAUGUUCUUGUGGGGUUUCGGGUGUGGCUACUCAAUGGAAGUUUACCCCAGUUCUCUGAUCAAGACAAUCCAGCUGCAUUUUCUCGGUCACUGUUUACCAGGUUUCUCACAUACUCUUAUCUAACUGCGUUCAAUUUGGGCCUGCUUCUAUAUCCGGCUACUCUCUCCUAUGAUUGGCAGAUGGGUAGUAUUCCUCUCGUGGAGUCAGUGUGGGAUCUUCGGAAUCUUGUCACAAUAUCUACGUUUUCUGGGAUUGCAAUGAUCACCUGGUUCGUGAUGACAUCAUCUAAGGGUGGAGAAACUAAGUUGUUAACAAUAGCCUUAGCCACUUGUGUUCUUCCCUUUCUACCGGCUUCCAAUCUCCUCGUGACAGUAGGGUUCGUGGUGGCCGAGCGGGUUCUAUACAUACCGAGUGCUGGAUUCUUCAUUCUCAUCGUUCAUGGGCUUCAGAAGCUGAAGAGCACAAGGUUCACUUGGAGUUGCAGAGUCAUGACUCUGGUUAUUGUGACCACCUUCAUGUUAAAGACGGCGAGAAGGAACACAGUAUGGUCAUCGAGAGAAACUCUUUUCAGAUCUGGACUGGAGUCGGUUCCCCAGAAUGCCAAGGUCCACUACAACUUCGCAAAUCUCCAAAAAGAUCUUGGUGAUGUAGACCUUGCAGUGAAGCACUACCGGAUAGCUAUCAG